GCGGCGUUCGUGGUGCGCGAGGAGUCGAGUCUCCUGCACGAAGCCGCAGAAAAUACUUCGGUUUUGUGCGUGCCGCGUCACUUCCUGGACGAGGAGGGGGGGCAGGGGUGAUCAACAAUAACAAAAUCAUAGUGAGGAGGAGAUAGUGGGGCCCCAAGUGACACAGAAAGCCCCUUCAGAAGCUAAAGAGUCAGCCGCAGUACAUCCAGUGGUGUGUGUAAUGUGACAGGUGCACAGCUCAGGCGUGGCCACAGUACACGGAGAACCACGCAGGAUCCACGCGGGAUUUCAGUCCGUGUUGCUCAGCUGGGCUGCCGGGCAGCCUCACGGUGCCUUGCCGCUGGAAAAGGUCACUUUCGGAGGGAACCACGGAGCGGUCAGGGCUCACUGCCUCCCUCUGCGGCUGCCCUCUCACAGGGGAGGCUAGGCAGGCUUUGACGGUGAGCCCAGCGAAGCAGGACGCUGCUCCACCCGCAGACGACGGAGAGGCCAUGUGGGAGGGCGCCAUGGAUCCCCCCGAAGAUGAGGGCCGGACCUUCAUGGAGGUGAUCAGCGAGAAGUACAGCCCGGAGAAUUUCCCGUACCGCAGAGGGCCUGGCGUCGGGGUAGUGGUGCCAAUGGGUCCUCAAGGUUCACCUAUGAAAGAUCGGCUGAACCUUCCCAGCAUCCUAGUGCUCAAUGGGUGCGGCAUUAGCCGUGCCGGAGAUGAGGCUGAGAUCUCGGCCUUCUGCGCCCAUGUGGUAGAGCUGGACCUGUCCAACAACAAGCUGCAGGACUGGCAUGAGAUCAGCAAGAUUGUAUCCAACAUCCCGAACCUGGACUUUCUCAACCUGAGCUCCAACCCCCUCAGCGAAUCACCGCUGGAUGCCAGCUGUGCAGAGGCCUUUGUUAGGGUUCGGCGACUGGUCCUCAACAACACCCAUGUCUCCUGGGAGACCGUGCACACUUUCACGAGGGAGAUCCCCGAGCUGGAGGAGCUCUUCCUGUGCCUUAAUGAGUACGAGGCUGUAACACACUCAGCCGUGCCCUGCCCUUCGCUACGCCUGCUGCACAUCACUGACAACAACCUGCAGGACUGGGGUGAGGUGCGCAAAUUUGGGGCCAUGUUCCCCUGUCUGGACACACUGGUCAUGGCCAACAACAGCCUCGCCUCCAUCCAGGACUCUGGGGAUGCCCUGCAUCGACUCUUCCCUAAACUACGCAGCAUCAAUCUUCACAACUCAGGUCUAAACAGGUGGGAGGAUAUAGAGAAGUUGAACUGCUUCCCCAUGUUGGAGGAAGUGAGACUGCUAGGAAUUCCUUUACUACAGACUUACACCAACUCAGAGAGGCGCAGCCUCACUGUAGCACAGCUGCCCUCUGUGUCGGUGCUGAAUGGAAGCAAGGUGACAGACGAGGAGAGGGAGGAUGCUGAGAGGUUCUUCAUCCGCUACCAUCUGGACCGUCCUGAGGAAGAGCUGCCUUACAGGUACCACUGCCUGGUGACGAAGUACGGCAAGCUGGCCCCGCUGGCGGACAUUGACCUGCGGCCGCGGUGCCGCGCUAAAGUAGAGGUGCGCUACGAGGACAGGGUGGAGGUGCUGAGCAUCCGGCUGGACCAGACGGUGGCCGAACUGAAGAAGCAGCUGAGGACGGUGGUGCAGCUGUCCACCAACAACAUGCGCCUCUACUACAUCGACAAGGAGGUGGGCUGUGCUUUCGGACCUGAGGAAAUGAAGUAUAGCACCCGUGCGCUGCACAACUACAGCAUCCGCGACGGGGACGAGAUCCUUGUGGUUCCGAAAUCCAAGUGACCGUUUGAGUCCCUCCCUGCUGGGAUGGGACAGCUCUCUUUCUUUUCCCCACACCCCCCCCCCCCUCCCCAUCCCGGAACACACACCACCCCCCCAUCCCCCCCCACCAAGGCUUCACACACACAAUCAGCGUAAUCAUUCUUUACUACUGUCCCCUGUUGUUUUGUUCAGGAAGUAGGCUGAUUUUUAAUUUAUUCUGAAUGAUUUGUCCUUGUGACAUUACCUCGUCUUCAAAGAGCUGCGCCUGUCUUGCUUUAGGCGGGAAUCGUGCAGGGGGGGCUUAACCACUGGGUGUCCAGACAAUCUUCUAAGGGGGGACAGCCAUGCUGGACUGCUGUUGAGGUGCAUGUGGAUGUCUUUGCUGGCAGCCUGUCCCACCUCAGGUGUCUACAAGAACUACUAUUCACAGUUAGGCUCACAGUGAUGAAUGGGGUCACAUAAAGCGUUGAUUUCUUGACAUUGACUGAAAAAGGAACAUUGUUUUUUUUUUCUCCUUCACCUGUAUCCUUCACUCUUUUUUUCAGAUGGAAACCUCCGUAAAAUUGAGAUAUUUCCAGAUCACGUUAGUUUCAAAUUGUUUCUCAGUAAAACUGACACAAAAGUGUGUUAGCUUAGAAGGUAGCACUAGUACUCCGCAAUGGGAAAUAAGGUGCUGAGGAGUACAAUAAAGUUUAAAAACAAAGCAGUAAA